AUGUUUUUUUCUAUAAAAAACUUUCUCAGGUAUAGUUCUAUAGUUGUCAGCGCGGAUACUGUCAAACACGCUGCUCGUCAGACGCUGGCAGAUAAGGACCGUUCGAAACUUGUUUACUCAGCCUAG